GUAGAGACUCCGUAGGGAGGCGGAGCAAAGCGAGCAAGGACCUUGCGGAGGCAAGUGGCUGCCGGUUUUGACUAAAGCGAUCGGGGGUCGGGAGGCGUCACCGAGCUAAGGGGAGCCGCCGCCAGAGAAACGGAGGAGGAGAGCAGAUCAUGUUCCGCAUCGAAGGGCUGGGGCCCAAGCUGGACCCAGAAGAGCUCAAACGGAAGAUGCGCGAGGACGUUCUCUCCUCAGUCCGCACGUUCCUCCUCUAUGUGGUCGUGCUGCGUGCCACUCCCUACAUUCUAAAGAAGCUGGACAGCAUAUGAGAAAAGAAGAGCUUCAAAGACAGUCUGCAUGGAAGAUCAAGCUGGACUGUGGUGGUUCUCCCUGUUUCUAAAUAGGGUGCAAAGAAGAGACAUCAUAUCUUGGCAAAUGAAUCCAAACACUUCUUAGGGAAAUUAUAGAAUAACUGAAGAGAAACAAUAUUUUUUGUCACUGCACUUUCCAUGUGUCAGAAUGCAGAUUCUUUAUGUUGAUACUUUAUUUUUUGGUAGUUCAAAGAUUCCAACCUUAUUUGGGGGAAACAUAGCUGUUAACAGAGUGCUUUGGAACAAAGCUCCCUCUGAAGUGUCACAGUGGUGAUGUUGUCACUAGACUGUCUCCGUCUGUGCAGUGAAGACUGUCAUGUGAAAUCUCAGUGGUUAAAACAUGAAUGGUUGGAAUAAAAUGGUGCCUAUGUUCUAA